UACAGACUCAUGAAUCUCCGGUUCCGGCCUGCGCAGAUGAGCGGAAAGCUAGGACUGGGCGGAAAGCUCGCAACAACGCUCUCUCCAUGGAAAUGAUCAUGGAUGCAUUGUGGCAGUCUUCAAUUGUGCAACGUCAGAACUGCCAAAAGCUAGAGCAAAGUGUUCUAGGGCCACAGUUUGUUAGGGCUGCCUGGAGAAGGCUUCCAUGAUCAAUCAGCUUCCAUGCGAGUCCCUUUUAAUCUCCCCUAGAUUAAAACUUUGGAUCCGCCAACAUAGCGGCGCCACCCUGUUCUGGGUAGGUCAAGUGGCCGAGCGUCCGGCAGAGGAAAGACCAUAAAGCUUCAAAAGCACGUUUUGUAAACUGUGACAGCUUUUCAUCUGGUAGCCUGUCUGGAGCUAGCUUUGCGCAGCCGGGCAUGGGGAAGAAGCGGUGCUGGUGUCAGGCUUGACAGCUGUUGAAUUUAAAGGAACAGGAAAAGGGUUACCCUGAUCUUAGUUGGCCUAGCUCAGAGCGCUGCAGAAGGAGAGCGUACUCAGCACUGCUCUGUGGCACGGUCCUCACAAAAUGGCUUCAUGGUUCAGCAACCUGGUAGCAACGCUUGGCUUUUUCCUGCUGGGGCACUGUGCAUAUGCCACAAUUGGAUAUCGAGAGGGGUUGAAGUUGGCUGAAAAGGAGUACAACUUGCCACCAUCCGAGAUUCUAUUGGAACUGCUUGUUGCUACCGCCAUCCUGGUGUGGUCCAGUCUCGAGAUGGGGGGGCCCUUCGCACCCAUCAAAGUAGAUGCCGCAAGCAACAGGUUGGUUAAGCUUCCGGAGCUGAUGGACUUCUGCUCGGUCAACCACCGAGGCAGAGGCCUCCCCGCUUUCUUAGAGCCGUCAGGAGGAAUGGACGACUGAUAUGAGAUCACGGGCCAAAAUGUACGGGGACAGCUCAAUGGGGCGUUCAGCGCUUUUCAGAACAUCAUAAGGCACAACACGUCCAGAUGAUUGGCUUCUGCAGGCCCUUGUUGGUUGUCAACUAUUUUCAAGAGAAGCAGUGGCAGAACCAGUCGUUCUGCCACUAUUGAGAGGCAUGCAGCAUAGCCUGGAAGAACAAGAAAUAUUGAUGUACAGCCGAAUUGUCAAGAGGACAGCUUGAUCCAAUAGCAAUCUCACAGCACGACCUUAUCGAGGUGUACGACUUGAUUUGCCUGCGGUGGAAGCUGGAUAUGUUUUUGAGUGACAAACCGCAUAUGAUGUAUGACAUGACUGCAUAACUGGAC